AGAUUUGAAGAGUUUAUUGGAAGGGUAAGUCCGAGAUUCUUUCAAGUGAUCGCUGCGCGUUCCUCGGAUCUUGCGGGCGCUGUGUUUCCCCCGCGGAUCGACGGUCCCUCCCCCUCCUACUCUCUCUAUUCCGCACCGAAGACGCAUGGAUCGGACGCGACAAAAACGACAAUGAUCGACUAGCUGUUUUCUCUGGAUCGGCCUCGAGCUUCAUAUGCUGGUUAUACGGUUGAUUGCGUCUUGGGACUCGAUACUCGAGAGUGGAGGGGUGUGACGCACGAUCAACAUCGCGGGGAUGUUGAAGCUUUGGACUUGGGAUUUGUUUGACUGACAACCGGGUUAGAAUAUUGAAGAUGAUGUUGUCUCGUCGUGCGUGCUACAAGUGUGGCAACAUUGGCCACUAUGCUGAGGUCUGCUCUUCCUCAGAGCGUCUCUGCUACAACUGCAAGCAGCCUGGCCACGAGUCUAGCGCCUGCCCUCGGCCCCGCACCACCGAGACCAAGCAGUGCUACAACUGCCAGGGCGUCGGGCACGUCCAGGCUGACUGCCCCACCCUCCGCCUGAACGGUGGUGCUAACGGCCGAUGCUACAACUGCGGUCAGGCCGGUCACCUUGCCCGCAACUGCACCAACCCCGCUGCCCCCGGUGCGGGCCGUCCUACCGGUCCCCGUGGUGGUUUCCAGGGCGGUUUCCGCGGUGGCUUCCAGGGCUACCCUCGUGCCGCUACCUGCUACAAGUGUGGUGGCCCCAACCACUUCGCCCGUGACUGCCAGGCUCAAGCUAUGAAGUGCUACGCCUGCGGUAAGCUCGGCCACAUCUCUCGCGACUGCACUGCCCCCAACGGCGGCCCUCUCAGCUCCGCCGGCAAGGUCUGCUACAAGUGUGCCCAGGCUGGCCACAUCUCCCGCGACUGCCCUACCAACGCCGAGGCUGCCUCUGCCCCUGUCCCCGCCCCCGCCCCCGCCCCCGCCGUUGAUGCUGCGGUUGCUGCCGCUCCCACUGCCCCCGCCGCGGCUGUCGCCGCUGUCGAGGCUAGCACCGAGGCUGCCCCCGUUGCGACUGCGGCUCCUACCACCGCUGUCGCAUAA